GGGACCUCCGAGCCACAGAGGGGUGUGAGGGGUGUGGGGGGGGAGGGACAGAAACAAAAUAAAAUAAUGGGCAACAUGGCAACCGAGAUCGUUGCCUUUGUCCUGACGAUCUCCGGGUGGAUCCUGGUGUCGUCCACGCUGCCGAUAGACUACUGGAAGGUGUCCUCUGUGGACGGGACGGUCAUCACCACGGCGACAUUCUGGUCUAAUCUUUGGAAAACGUGCGUGACCGACUCCACCGGCGUGUCCAACUGUAAGGACUUCCCUUCGAUGCUGGCGCUGGACGUCUACAUCCAGGUGUGUCGGGGGCUGAUGAUCGCCGCCGUGUGUCUGGGGUUCUUCGGCGCCACCUUGGCCCUGGUCGGCAUGAAGUGCACCAGAAUAGGCGGCUCGGAGACCACCAAGGCCCGCCUGACGGUCCUCUCGGGCUCACAUUUCGUCCUCAGCGGGCUCUGCUGCAUGACGGCGUGCUCCAUAUAUGCUCACAGGGUCACAGCCGACUUCUUUGACCCCCUCUUUGUUGCCCAGAAGUUUGAGCUGGGGGCAGCUCUCUUCAUCGGCUGGGCUGGAUCUGUGCUGUGCAUCCUGGGGGGACUUAUCUUCUGCCUCUCCCUGUCCGAGGGCUCCAGCGCCAGAGCUGAACACUCGUACCCUGGAGCUGCGGCGUUUGUGUCGGGGCGCAACAAGCACAAAAAGACAGUCAGCAGCCUGCAGAAGGAACCGGGGGAGCCGCCGAGGCAGUUUGGAAGAAACGCCUACGUGUGACAUCAUCGAAUUCAUCGAUGGAUUUCACCUUUAUGAACUUCUGUGCCUCCACAUUCUGCAGUAGUCAGAACAUAAACAUGGCCACUUUUUGGGGCCAUUUCUAUCAGUGGCCGUAUGCAAAAGAUGAGCUUUUAUUCUUCUUCUUUUAAGACAGGAAAUUUGAUUUGGCCCCAAAAGAGUGCUCAACCUCUCCGGCCUCUCCCCGUCUGUCCCGCAUAGAGACUGGAGACAUAUUCAAUAUCUAUUUCAUAAUUUCAGUUAAAGGCCAAUUGGACAUUAAUAUUUAAGGAAAAUAUAUUUCAAAGCAUUUUAAAGAUGAUAUUCAGUGGUUGUAGUCAGGAUUUCUUAUUUGGGGGGAUAUUUUUGCACAAAAUGUAAAAUCAUUUAUAAGUUACUUUAGUUUUUUUGACUAGUUGCUUGUUUGAUAACAAUUAUGUAUAUGUGACCAAAUAGUAGUUUGGUACGUAACCAACAAAUAAAGAAUAGAUAACUUCUUAAAACCUGGGCAGCUGUUACGCAACUCCAGUUAAUCUUCUCCUGUCACUCGAAGGAAAUAUAUGGGACACCCUGUUAAUAAUUCAUAAGCUGAGGGUCUUUCUCGGAGGG